AUGUCACAGUACAUCGGCAAGACCAUCUCUUUAGUCUCUGUGACUGACAACAGAUAUGUGGGGCUUUUAGAAGAUAUCGAUUCUGAAAAGGGUACCGUUACUUUGAGGGAGGUUCGCUGCUUUGGUACCGAAGGUCGUAAGAACUGGGGUCCGGAAGAAAUCUAUCCAAACCCUACCGUAUACAACUCGGUGAAAUUCAAUGGUAGUGAAGUCAAAGACUUGAGUAUUUUGGAUGCCAACAUCAAUGACAUUCAGCCUGUUGUUCCUCAGAUGAUGCCACCUGCAUCACAGCCCUCUCCUUCCCAGCAAGAUCAAUCGCCACGCCAAGCCCAAGCUCAAGCCCAUGCCCAGCCACAAGCUCAAGCCCAAGCCCAAGCGCAUCCACAGGCCGUAAAGCCCGAAUCCAAUGUACCUGCUGCGGUUGCUGGAUAUGGUGUUUAUACACCAUCUUCCACAGAGGCCACUACUGCCAGGAAAGAUAAUGUGAACCCACCGAAUAGGGAUGAACGUAAAGACGGUGAGUUUGAGCAAAGAUAUCAAAGGAACAAACCAACUAACCGGGCUCCUCAGUCGAACCGCAGCCACAAGGUCGAAAUUCCAAAUGAAGACUUUGACUUUCAAUCCAAUAACGCAAAAUUCACUAAAGAAGAUUCCACUGAUUUGGAAAAGGAACAGGAAUUGGAAUCUGCUGCUGAAAAAGAGGACGAAUCCGAUGAGGCGUUCUAUAACAAAAAAUCGUCAUUUUUUGACACUAUUUCAACCUCCACGGAAACCAAUACCAACAUGAGAUGGCAAGAAGAAAAAGUCUUGAAUGUUGACACAUUCGGGCAAGCUUCUGCCAGACCAAGAUUCAACUCAAGAGGUCGUGGUCGUGGCCGUGGCGGCAAUUACAGAGGUAAUAGGGGAAACAGAGGAAGAGGUGGGCAACGAGGUGGCUACCAAAACAGAAAUAACUACCAAAACAACAGAGGUGGCUAUCAAAACUAUCAAAAUGAUUCUCAAGAUAGGUCCUCCAACCAAUUCUCUCAACCUCCUUCCAAUGUCGAAUUUUAG